AGUAAUGUGUCGUUUAACCGCUGCCCUUGACUAACCCACGUGAAACAACGUAGCUUCUUAGAAUCACGCUUAGCCUAUCCAGCUAAGUUGAAUGCUUAAAAUCGGGGACAUUUUAGUAUUAAAGGCAGUUUUACUUAAUGUGGCUGGAGUAAAAUGUCCAGUAAAAGUAAAGCUUUGUUUCUACUGCAGCGAUGUGUCGCAGUUGGGCAGGUUACGUUGUCAACAGGGAUCAAAAAAAGAAGCAGCGUUUUGCCAGCCAGGUUUAUUCAGCAGAGAUCGCUGACAUUAACGUCUCGGAUUGUCUGUGUGCCAAGACUGUGUGAACUUCAGCCUGUUAAUAAAACCAGCAAGUACAGCUUCUGUACCAAGACAGGAGCAUCUAGUGAUGAUGAAUAUCCUCCGCUGCCGACCUACCAGCCUGAUUCAGAACAAAAGAAGGAAGUGUACAUCGUGCAGGUAAAAGGCCUCCUAUGGUCCUGUACGGCUCAGGACCUCCUGCAGUUUUUCUCAGAUUGUAGGAUCCGUGAUGGGGAGAAUGGGAUCCAUCUUACUCUUGACUGGCUGGGGAGGCCAUCGGGUCGAGCUUUCAUUGAGCUGGAGCAUGAGGAGGACGUCAGUAAAGCUUUGGAGAAGCAUAGACAGUACCUUGGCCCUCGCUACUUAGAAGUGUAUGAAGUGACCAACAGUGAUGCAGAAGAGAUCCUGAAGAAAGACAUUCAGACUCCAGCUGAAGGUGGGGUGGUUAAGCUUAGAGGUCUCCCUUACAGCAGCACAGAGGCGGAUAUUACACAGUUCUUCUCAGGUUUGGAUAUUGUACAGAACGGGAUCUGUAUUAUUUUAGAUUACAAAGGGAGAAAUUCUGGAGAGGCCUAUGUGCAGUUUUCUUCUCAAGAAGCAGCCGAUGAAGCGCUACUGAGAGACAGGGAGGUCAUUGGGAACAGAUACAUUGAGGUGUUUCCCAGCAAUAAAGCAGAGCGUUACCCAAGAUUGAGGAAGAGGAUGAGGUUUGCUUCUCCUCAGAGCAGCUCUCAAAUGACUAACAGGAAAAAUGUGUCUGAAUCACAGACCAACCCUGGAACAGAACCCACUCGGAGCUCGCCACCACAGCUUAAUUACAUCCACGUAAGAGGACUUCCGUUUCAGGUUUCCGGAGAAGACAUCGUGGAGUUCUUCUCUCCUCUGAUCGUCACAAAGAUCCUGCUUGAAUGCGGUCCUGAUGGGAGGCCGAGCGGAGAGGCUGAUGUUUACUUCGGCUGCCACCAGGAUGCCAUUGCUGCCAUGUCAAAAGACAGACAGAACAUAGGAGAAAGAUACAUUGAGUUAUUCCUGAACUCUGCUCCUGAUUCUAACAGAAGGUGAAUGUCAACAAACAGAUGCCAAACACAUAAAAAGAACUGUUGUAUUUAUUCAUCGACCUGACCAUGUACAUUAAACAUCAAUAAACUAUCUGGAUAUUAAAAGAA